AUGACCACCCGACUACGGCACAGGCCUCUCCUCGAGGAAGAAGAUGCUUCUGCGCUUAAGCUCGGAGCAGAGUUCAACAAUGCUGGUUGCUUACUGAUAUCCGAGGUCAAGUAUCUGCUGGAAAAUAGGGACAAGGAUGCGCCAGACACUGCUGUUUAUAACAAGACCCUCGAAUACGUAAAGACAUUUGCGAAAUUCAACACCACCGAUUCCGCCAGCGCGGUGCGAGAAACACUUCGACGCGAACCCGCAUUGACGCAAUUCGAAACCGCUCAAAUCGCCAAUUUGUGUCCCGUCGAUGCUGAGGAGGCAAAGAGCGUCAUCCCAAGUCUGGUAAAGAUCGAGGAUGAUAGAUUGCAAGCAUUACUCGACGAGAUACAGUUGAUGAGGAAGUUCCAGUCCUGA